GCUGAAGGAACUCAAACGCUUACUCACACCCACAUGCCGCAUGUGUCGGCCGUCUGGAUCAAGCCGGCGCAUGCAUGGUAUUCUAUCACACUUCCACACUGCUGCGGGAUGAGCGAAGAAGAAGAAGGAAGCAGGUGUUGGGAGUAGUACUUCACGUAUGAUCAAAGGGAGUGUUGGAAAAGCCCCUAAGAGGGAAGAAAGAAAUACAGCAAGUGGACGAAGAAAGGGGGAUCCACCCAAACAUCUUCAAGCACCCAAUCGCAGCAAGCUCUCAGAAUUGGAUCCCACCCUCGUUCAUCACCUGAGAGUUGAGUGCAGUUGUGCCUCGGAGAGUCAGACAACAAAGAACCAUGCCUGGCGCGUUCGCUGAGCUUUGAAAGGAAAGAAGAUCUUGGAAAACAAAGAACGUUUCGGACGAAGACUUUUUGGGAGGAAAAGCUGGAAUCUCUUGGGCAACUCCGGCGACUGAUAGACAGAACUUAUUAAAGAGUGCGAAAACACUGGAUGUACAAGGAGAUGAAGAUUUCAGCCACACGAUCAACACCAUCAUUUUGAGUUAUUUGUAAAAGUUUUCCGUAACCAGCUUUUCAUCGUUCGCUGUCAAGACAUCAUGUGUCUUCUUCCUCCAAAUGGCAAAUCUGAGGUUUUAAUGAGAAACUACUGAGAAAAGCACUCACCCGACAAUGAUGUCCACGGAAGAUUUUGGAAGCAUUGCCAGCCUCGGGGCUGAAAGCGGAAUAUCAGACUACGGUGACAGCCUUUCCAUGAGAAGCCAAAGCCAGAGCCUGGAUCAGGACCAAGACCUGGUCGAUUCAAGCCAAGGCCUGGAUGGGAUUGUCAUGGAGCGCAUUGCCUCUUUGCCACUACCUUUGGACAUGUACGAUCCCAUCGACUUUAUCGGGAGAUUUUCAAAGUUCCAGUCUAGGUCCAGAAAGCGAACACGAAUCAUCGUAGCCUCUCCGGUGGGACUGAAGCCGCCCGUCCCGCCUGUCACAGGAAGUCUGGGAGAGAGGAAAGGUCCGGUCAUCAUGGCACCCGUCAACGUGGACCCGGAGACCAAGCCGGGCGAGUUUGUCCUCAAGAGCCUCUUCGCCAACUUCACGCUGCUGUCCGAGCGCAAGAUCCGUAUCAUCAUGGCGGAGCCGCUGGAGAAGCCGCUCAACAAGUCUCUGCAGAGAGGAGAGGAUCUACAGUUUGACCAGCUGAUCAGCAGCAUGAGCUCCCUGGCAGAGUACUGCCUGCCUUCCAUUCUCAGGACGCUCUUCGACUGGUACAAGCGUCAGAAUGGCUUGGAGGACGAGUCGCACGAGUAUCGGCCGCGGGCCAACACCAAGUCGAAAAACGAUGAGCAGCAGAAGGACUACUUGCUGGAGCGGAGGGAUUUGGCCAUAGACUUCAUCUUCUCUCUGGUACUCAUUGAAGUUUUGAAGCAGAUCCCCCUGCAUCCCCUGCUGGAUGGACUCAUCCAAGAAGUUAUUAACUUGGCCUUCAAGCACUUCAAAUAUAAAGAAGGGUAUCUCGGACCUAACACCGGCAACAUGCACAUCGUGGCGGACCUCUACGCAGAAGUGGUGGGAGUGGUGGCUCAGUCGAGGUUCCCAGCUGUGAGAAAGAAGUUCAUCUCGGAGCUGAAGGAACUGCGUCAGAAGGAGCAGAGCCCCUACGUCCUACAAUCCACCAUCAGCCUCAUCAUGGGCCUCAAGUUUUUCCGCAUCAAAAUGUACCCAGUGGAGGACUUUGAGGCGUCUUUCCAGUUCAUGCAGGAGUGUGCACAGUAUUUCCUGGAGCUGAAGGACAAGGACGUUAAACACUCACUCGCCGGACUUUUUGUGGAGAUCCUCGUACCCGUCGCUGCUACGGUGAAGAACGAGGUGAACGUGCCGUGCCUGCGCAACUUUGUGGAGAGCUUGUACGACACCACGCUAGACCUGUCCUCCAGGAAGAAGCACUCCCUGGCGCUGUAUCCCCUGGUAACAUGUCUGUUGUGCGUGACCCAGAAGCAGUUGUUCCUCAGCCGCUGGCACGUUUUCCUCAACAACUGCCUGUCCAACCUGAAGAAUAAAGACCCCAAGAUGGCCCGCGUGGCUCUGGAGUCGCUGUACCGCCUGCUGUGGGUUUACAUGAUCCGAAUCAAGUGUGAGAGCAACACCGCUACACAAAGUCGCCUGACGUCCAUCACCUCCACUCUCUUCCCGAAGGGGAGCCGCAGCGUCGUGCCCCGAGACAUGCCGCUCAAUAUCUUCGUCAAGAUCAUCCAGUUUAUCGCGCAGGAGAGGCUGGACUUUGCCAUGAAAGAGAUCAUAUUUGAUCUUCUGAGUGUGGGGAAGCCUGCCAAAGCCUUCAGCCUCAACCCAGAGCGCAUGAACAUCGGCUUGCGAGCCUUCCUGGUCAUCGCCGACGCACUGCAGCAGAAGGACGGAGAGCCUCCCAUGCCCAACACGGGCGCCACGCUGCCCUCGGGCAACUCCCUGAAGAAGAAGAAGACCUACCUCAGCAAGACCCUCACCGAGGAGGAGGCCAAGCUCAUAGGCAUGUCCUUGUACUACUCGCAGGUUCGGAAGGCCCUGGACAACAUCCUCAGACACUUGGACAAGGAGGUGGGCCGCUGCAUGAUGCUCACCAGUGCGCAGAUGCUCAACAAAGAACCGGAGGACAUGAUCACGGGGGAAAGGAAGCCUAAAAUUGACCUGUUCCGGACGUGUGUCGCCGCCAUUCCUCGCAUCCUCCCUGACGGCAUGUCCAAACCCGAGCUCAUCGACCUUCUCUCACGACUCACGGUGCACAUGGACGACGAGCUGCGUCUCAUUUCUCAAAACUCCCUUCAGAGCCUCUUGUUGGACUUUUCUGACUGGAGGGAAGACGUGCUCUUCGGUUACACGCACUUCCUGUUGCGGGAGGUCCAAGACACCCAGCAGGGUCUUCAGGACGCGUCAGUAAAGCUCCUGCUGCAGCUGCUCACUCAAUGGAGGCUGGCGCUGCAGCUCCAGGGGAAGAUGCGAGGAGGCGUGGAGGCGAGCCCCAGAAUGUCUGAGCGAAGCCCGCACUGCUCGGUUCUCCACGCCGUGGAAGGUCUGGCUUUGUUGCUGCUCUGCUCGUGUCAGAUAAGCACCAGGAAGCUAGCGGUGGGCGUGCUCAGAGAGAUUCGAUGCCUCUUCACCGCGCUCGGACACGCAGAGGAUGACGACAAACCCAUGAUAGAAAUCAUGGACCAGCUGAGUCCGGCGGUGAUGGACAGCUUCGUCCACGUGGCGAUCUCUGACUCGUCCACUUUACCCAUGAGCCACCACGUGGACUUGCAGUGGCUGGUGGAGUGGACGGCGCGGCUGGUGAGCAGCUCCUACGACGUGAAGAGCCCCAGCCACGUGUGGAUCUUCGCCCAGUGCCUGAAGGACCCCUGGGUGCUGUGCCUGCAUAUCUUCCUGCGCCAGGAGCACCUGCCCAAGCACUGCCCCGUGGCCCUGGGGUAUGCCUGGCCCUACGCCUUCACGCGGGUGCAGCUGCUGCUGCCACUCGUCGACCCCAACAGCCCAGUGAACGCAAAGAAGACCAGCACGGCCAGCUCCAGCGACAACUCCAUGUCUCUCUGGCGCAACUACCUCAUCCUGUGUCUCGGGGUGGCCAAGCCCAGCAUCAUGUCACCGGGACACCUCAGAGCGUCCACGCCCGAGAUCAUGGCCACCACGCCCGAUGGCAGCGUCACCUAUGACAACAAGGUGAUAGGCACGCCUUCAGUCGCCUGGCUUCUGAAGCAGCUGGUCCCACUGAUGAGAGCCGAGAGUCUGGAAAUCACAGAGUCUCUGGUGUUAGGCUUCGGCUGCACAAAUGCGCUCGUCUUCAGGGAGCUCAUGGAAGAACUCCAUCCGCUCAUGAAGGAGGCGCUGGAACGCCGACCUGAGAACAAGAAGCGACGGGAGAGGAGGGAUCUUCUCAGGCUGCAGCUGUUGAGGAUCUUUGAACUGUUGGCCAAUGCGGGAGUCAUCAGUGACAGCACCAAUGGAGCACUGGAGCGCGAGUCACUGGCACUGGGGGCCUUGUUCCUGGAGUACGUGGAUCUGACGCGGAUGCUCUUGGAGGCAGAGAACGAGAAGGAGAUGGACGUGCUCAAAGACAUCAGAGCCCACUUUAGCGGCAUGGUGGCUAACCUUAUCCAGUGUGUGCCCGUCCAGCACCGUCGCCUCCUGUUCCCGCAGCAGUCGUUGCGACAUCACCUCUUCAUCCUCUUCAGCCAAUGGGCUGGGCCCUUCAGCGUCAUGUUUACGCCGCUGGACCGCUACAGCGACCGCAACCAUCAGAUCACUCGCUACCAGUACUGUGCGCUCAAGGCCAUGUCUGCUGUCCUGUGUUGCGGUCCAGUGUUUGACAACGUGGGUCUGUCAACCGACGGCUACCUCUACAAAUGGCUGGACAACAUCUUGGCCUGCCACGACAAGCGGGUUCACCGUCUGGGCUGCGAGGUUGUAAUUCUGCUGCUGGAGCUGAACCCAGACCAGAGCAACCUGUUCAACUGGGCCGUGGACCGCUGCUUCACUGGAUCCUAUCAGCUGACGUCCGGGUGCUUCAAGGCCAUUGCCACCGUGUGUGGGAACAGGAACUACCCGUGUGACCUGGUGACGCUCCUCAACCUGGUUCUGUUUAAGGCGUCAGACACCAGCAGGGAAAUCUAUGAGAUCUCCAUGCAGCUGAUGCAAGUGCUGGAAUCCAAGCUGUGCGCAUACUCCAAGCGCAUGGUAGAGCAAAAGCCCGGUAACAUCUUGUACGGGACACACGGGCCUCUGCCACCUCUCUACAGCGUCAACCUGUCACAGCUCUCCAACCAAUUGGCCAGCAUGUACCCGGAGCUCACACUGCCUCUCUUCUCUGAGGUGAGCCAGCGCUUCCCGAGCACCCACUCCAACGGCCGUCAGAUUAUGCUGUCCUACCUUCUGCCCUGGCUGGGCAACAUGGAGCUGGUGGACACGGGCCUCCUGCCGCCCCCCUCCAGCCCCUGCACGCCGGACGAGGAGGUCUCCCGAGGUCCGGCCCCGUGUUUGGCGGGCGUGUCGCUCUUCCUCCGGGGCAACGGCUGGGGCUCCCUGCAGGCCACCUCGCUGGUGCUCAACAACCUCAUGUUCAUGACGGCCAAGUACGGAGACGAGGUGCCGGGCCCGGAGAUGGAGAGCGCCUGGAACGCUUUGGUGUCCAAUGAACGCUGGAGCAACAACCUGAGGAUCACCCUGCAGUUCCUCAUCAGCUUGUGUGGUGUCAGCAGUGACACCACGCUCUUGCCAUAUAUCAAGAAGGUGGUGAUCUACCUGUGUCGUAACAACACCAUCCAGACCAUGGAGGAGCUCCUGUUCGAGCUCCAGCAGACGGACCCCAUCAACCCCGUGGUGCUGCACUGCGACAACCCGCCUUUCUACCGCUUUGCCGCCAGCAACAAGGCGCCCACCUCGCAGACAGGCACCACCUCCAGCAGCAACACGGUGGUGGUCGGACAGGAUAACCUGGCAGACACAGACGAAAACAAACUAGUCAGGGAGAGUGAAGAGCGGAGGGCCAGGGCGCACAACAGGCUGGAGUCUCGCUACAGCAACAGCUCAGGAGGCUCCUACGAGGAUGAGAAGAACGACCCUCUCCCACCGUACGCCGCGUGGCUGGUGAGCGUCCUAGAGACGAACCGCCCUCAGCCACUGCCCAUGCCCGUCAACGGCGGCUGCUGGGCACCCCUGGUGGACUACCUGCCCGAGACCAUCACGCCCAGGGGACCCCUUCACAGGUGUAACAUUGCCGUCAUUUUCAUGACGGAAAUGGUGGUGGAUCACAGUGUGAGAGAAGAUUGGGCUUUGCACCUUCCCCUGCUGCUGCACGCGCUCUUCCUGGGCCUGGACCACUACAGGCCAGAGGUCUAUGAGCACAGCAAGCGCCUCCUACUGCACCUACUCAUAGCACUAUCGUGUAACAACAACUUCCAGGUGAUUGCCUCCGUAUUGAUGUUGACCAGAGAGAGCAGCGACAAUAAAACCUUGACCAUCAAAUCCAGCUACUAUAGCAACCAUCAACACUCAAACAUGCCCGACUUCCUGCGGGAGUGCCAGGCAUCACCCAUGGCCGACUCUGGCCUCAGCUCCACAUCCAACUCGUCCUCGGCCAGCCUGGGCGGUGGCAGUACCGCGGGCAGCGUGGGCAACCUGCCCCUGAUCACGCCUGACGACCUGGAGGACUUGGAGGACUCGCCCCACGAGACGGACGAGAAGACCAACAAACUCAUCGAGUUCCUCUCCACCAGUGCCUGGAGUACUGUGUUGUUGUUGCUCAGAGCCUUGGGGCCACUGUGGGUGCACGAGGACAUCACGCCCAAGAACCCAAACUCCAAGAGCACCGAGCAGCUCUCCAACUUCCUGCGCCACGUCAUCUCCGUCUUCAAAGAGUCCAAGUCAGACUUCCACCUGGAACAGCAGCUGAGCGACGUGGCCCUGCAGACGGCACUGUGCAGCUCCUCCCGUCACUACGCCGGCCGCUCCUUCCAAAUAUUUCGAGCACUCAAGCAGCCAAUCAACAACCACGCCGUGUCCGACCUGGUGUCGCGCCUUGUGGAGGUGGUGGGCGAGCACGGGGAUGAGGUGCAGGGCUAUGUAAUGGAGGUGCUGCUCACAUUGGAAUCGGUGGUGGUCAACCUGGCAGAAUGUCUGAAGAACAGCGACCUCAUGGUGGCGCUAACCAGGACGUCGUCCCCUGACUUUGUGCUGAGCGACAAGCUGAUGAACCGGAAGAGCACGGGCCAGCUCAACUUUCCCGGCCCGGGUUUAGCGGGCCUGUCAUCGCAGCGCCACCAACGCUCCUACUCGGUACCCAAGAAGUUUGGCGAGUGCGGCUACCAGUCCAGCGACCCCCCUCGUAGCGCCACCCUUGACCGCAUUCAGGCCUGCAACAGUCACGGCCUGCCGCGGCUGGGGAGGAGCCCCGGGUCCUGCACGUCGUCGACCAAUCGCAUCGAUCCCAGCGUCCUGUCGGAUCCCGCCCAUGUUUCGCACCCGUCUUCCAUACUGGCCACCGUCUUCUGGGUGGCUGUCUCGCUCAUGGAGUCUGACUUUGAGUUCGAGUACCAGAUGUCGCUGCGUCUUGUGCACAAGCUCCUGUCCAAGGUUCCUUUGGACAGAGCGGAGAACCGCGAGCGUCUGGAAAAGCUCCAGGCUCAGCUGAGGUGGAGCGGCUUCUCGGGCAUCCAGCAACUCCUACUCAAGGGCUUCACCUCCCAGGCCACGUCAGACCUCACCCUGCAGCUCUUCUGCCAGCUAACGCCUGUGUCCCGUGUGCCCGUGGUGGACAGCUCGCAAUCUCUAGGUUUUCCACUCAACGUGCUGUGCCUGCUGCCACACCUUGUGCAGCAUUUUGGACACCCCACGCAGUUCUGUAAGGAGAGUGCAGAGAGGAUUGCGCAGGUUUGUUUGGUGGAGAAGAACACCAAGCUAUCCCACCUGGCCCACGUGAUGACGCUGUACAAGACGCGCUCGUACACGCGGGACCCUUUCUCCUGGGUCAGCGUGGUGUGCCGCUACCUCCACGAGGCCUUCUCAGACAUCACGCUCAACAUGGUCACCUACAUGGCGGAGCUGCUGGAUAAAGGCCUUCCCAGCAUGCAACAGUCCUUGCUGCAGAUCAUCUACUGCCUGCUCAGCCACAUGGAUCUGAGCGCUGUGCACGUCAAGCAGUUCAACGCCGACGUCACCAAGACCAUCGAGAAGUUUGUCCAAACGGUGCACUGGAAAGACGCCUUGAACAUCCUGAAGCUGGUGGUGUCGCGCUCGGCCAGCCUGGUGCACCCAGCGUACGGUCACGGCCACAGCGACAUCUCCAACCUGGAGGUGAGCCGAGUGUGGGACGGUUCGGCCAAGGCCCUGCCCGGGAAAACCCUGGACUUCACUUUCGACAUCUCCGAGACGCCAGUGAUUGGGCGGCGCUUUGACGCGCUGCAGGGUUCCGGCGUCAGGGAGGGCAAGGCCCGAGCCAUGGCCGUCACCCGCAGCACCUCCUCCACCUCAUCAGGGUCAAACUCCAACACCAUCUUGGUUCCUGUCAGCUGGAGGCAACCGCAGUCUUCUCAGAAGCGGACCAGAGAGAAGCUGGUAAAUGUUCUUUCUUUAUGUGGACAAGAAGUUGGACUGACAAAGAACCCGUCGGUGAUCUUCUCAUCCUGCGGGGACCUGGACAUGAUGAUGGAGGUGCGCGAGAGCGGCGUGUCGUCAGAGGAGGGCGGCACCAGGGAGGACACGCUGGACGACACCGCCAGCGAGCAGCAGUUCCGGGUUUUCAGAGACUUCGACUUCCUGGAUGUGGAGCUGGAGGACGGAGAGGGUGAGACGGUGGACAACUUCAACUGGGGGGUACGGCGCCGAUCCCUGGACAGCACCGAGCUGGGCGACCUGCUGGAGGAGAGUCAGCACUCGGGCAGCACGCCCAGCCUGGGACACGAAGAUCCCCACGAUUCCGAGGAGUCCUCCGAGGAAGAGGAGUCCUCAACCAGCCGUAGCCUGUCGCACUCGCAGCUGACAAAUCUGUCCCCGUCGGACGAGACCAACCACACGGACUCUCUGUCCACGUCGUACGACACGUCCGCCGACCCACCGUCCUUCGGCGCCACCACACCGGGCCAGGGAGCAAUGCUGCACGAUCAGCUCAGCGGCCUCCACGCAAGGGCGUGCGGCGACGACGAGGAGACUCAGGCUCAGGACGACGAGCUAUCUCUGAGCACCAACGAGCUUCCCGUCGGCUCGGACUGCGGCGAGAGUUUCACCCUGGAGCUGCCGGGACAGGCGCAGGCUCAGACGCCUCAUCUGGACCGCCGGCUCGACUACUGCCAACCGCCACUGGACUUUCUGGAUCCGAACAGUCUGCCUAGGUUACGUGACGACGUGGACGACUUGGAAGACUUGGGCUUUCCGCCUCCACCAUCCCCGUUUUUCUCCGCCAUCUUGGCCGCCUUCCAGCCGGCCGUGUGCGACGACGCCGAAGAGGCGUGGCGCUGUCACGUCAACCAGCUGGUGACCGACUCGGACGGCUCCUGCGCCGUCUACACCUUCCAGGUCUUCUCGUCGCUCUUCAGGAACCUCCAGGGGAAGUUCUGCACCCUGACCACGGACGUGGCUUCCUACCUGGGCGAGGGCCUGAGGGGGAUCGGCUCCAAGUUCCUCAAGUCCUCUCAGAUGCUGACCACCUGCUCCGACUGCCCCACCAUCUACAUCGAUGCCGACACUAUCAUGUCUUACGGCCUCCUAGAGAAGAUGAAGUUCAGCGCGCUGGAGCUGCAGGAGUACCUGGACACCUACAACACCAGGGAGGAUGCGGCUGUCACGUGGCUGCGCAGCUGUAAGGACACAUUUCCCAGGUGCCCCAGCGACAGCGUGGUCACCUGCCAGCCCGGAGACUCCGAGGAGAAACAAAUGGAGUCUCUGGCUCAACUGGAGCUGUGCCAGAGGCUCUACAAGCUGCACUUCCAACUGCUGCUGCUUUUCCAGUCCUACUGCUCACUCAUCGGGCAGGUUCACGCCAUCAGCUCCGUGCCCGAGCUGCUGAACAUGUCUCGGGAGCUGAGCGAGCUUCGCGCCAGCCUGCAGGCGGCGGAGGCGGCGGUGGCCAGCGACCUGGAGCACGAACACUCGGCCCACUCGCUCCACGCCCAUGCCGCCCACAUGGCCGCCAUGGUGGUGCCCAGCUUCCCGUCAUCUGAGGCGGCGGUCAAGGCCAUACUGGAGUGUCUCAGGAAUCAGGAAUUCACCAAGGCCGUCCGUUACAUUCAGGAGUGCAGGCGUCGGUGGCCUCACGGCGUCUUUGGUGGCGGCUCCGAGAGGGAAGUCCAGACUCUGCUCAACGUAUACUUCCGGCACCAGACUUUGGGCCAGACGGGCACUAUCGCCCUGGUGGGCUCCCGUCAAGAUCUGGGCCUGAUCUGCUCCAAGCUGCUGGAGCUCAACGGCGAGAUCCGCGACAUGAUCCGCCGCGCUCAGGGCUACCGCGUGGUCACAACCUACCUCCCCGACUCCAGCGCCUCCGGGACCAGCCUCUGACAGCAGCACCCCGGGAGGACCCCGGGGCGGCGUACCGAGGAGCCGCCUUCCGUACGCCUCCAAACUACGGUUCCCGCCACCUUCCGCAACCAAUUCUAGAAUUUCCUCCCCUCGUUAAUUUUUCAGGACCGGGGAGGCAUUUUGAUGCCUUCAGAGGUUGCCUACCGCGUGUUACCCACGGCGACAAAUGGGACGCCCUGCCAACUGUUGCAUCCCAAACAAAUUUGCCGGCUUAUUCGGGCGCGCCACCUGACGCCGGUCUGUUCCGGCACCUCCCUCGGUCACCCCCUCCAAACCCACGGCCCCCCGUCCCUCUUACCUUACCCCAUCCUGAGGGCACAGGGGAAGUGUCAGCGUGGGGUUGUUGCUGCCCAAUAGGGGGCGCCGGCACAGCCUUGCCUCGCUACCUGGGCAAGGUGGGACACGCCACCCUGCCCCUCCUGAAAUUAGGGGGGCUCCUCAACGCCAAACCCCCCAACAUCCAGACCUGAGACUUGAUAUCCAGUGACGAGUGAGGACAUUGAGCAUACUAGUACACGGACCUUAAGCUGGAUCUCAAGGAAAUCGAAUACAUGCUGAAACGGCUUUCUGGGUUCUUCCAACGCCCCUCAUCGAGGUGGCAAUUUGUCCCCUGUUGAUGUCCAAGGUGGGGCACACGCCGCCCAGGGGGUGGGUUCCUGAACGCUAAACCCCCGACGUCCGGACCUGACACUAGCGCUAACUGGGACGCCAACUGAUUUUUACGGGCCCCCCCCGCCCCGAUUGCACUAAACGGACCUACAGGAGCAAGUGUUACUCUACUGUGAGAGACUCCAAAUGCUAGAAUAACUUGACCCGAGAUGACUGAAACAUCAAAGACACGUCGGCUGUUUUUAUUGCGUUACCCCCACCGUGACUCCGUAGUACCUUGGCACUGUCACACCCCGUCGCUGCCACUCCCAUGUUUUGUCGGGAUGUUGAAACUGUAGCAAUUUGUGUGUUCGUGUGUAUAUGCGAGAGAGACUGUGCGCGUGCUGACAUUCAGCACUGUCAAAAAUGUGUGCGACUACUGAUCACUCCCCACCCCUCAUCAGUCAUGUGACCUGCAUGCAUCCUAUAGGGAGUGUUGCAAGUAUUUAUUGAUAAAUCUGAAAGAUGAUCAGUUUGUAUGCGCUACUGAAGGAGCUUCAAGCUCACGCAGGUGUUUUCUUGUGUGUGCGUGCGCGCGUGCAUGCUGACGAACGGGAAAUUGCACAUUUUUAAAAAAAGAAAAAAAAGCUUUUUAGAUUGAAACUGUAGUUUUUGUCCACCUUGUAAAUACUUUUACAGACAUUGUGUGAAGUCCUUUUCAGUUCUGUCCAACUUUGUGUCCAAAGUAAAAGAGUUGAAACAAA